UUGGCUUUGUAGGUUUAAUGAUUUUAGUUGUUAAUUUCCACAUACUAAGGUCUGUGAUUCUCUGGUAGAUGUGCCUAUAUAUAUGACCUAAGGCAACGAUUAGAGAGAGAUACAUUUGAAGCUCGAACACCCCUAACCCAAUUGAAACAGAAACAGUAUCUUAUACAACACCUAGCUCAAAGAUGUUUAUUUUCUGCCAUCACAGUGGCUCAACGAACUGCUAAUGUUAAUUGGUUUAGUUAGAUCUGUACAAACUUCUAUCUCCUCUACAACACCUAGCUCAAAUUCUCUAAUACAAAAAAACUUAUAGAGAAUAAGCUAGUUGUCCAUGUGGGAUGGGGCAACUAUAAAUGCCCAACAACAUGAAAAACAAAUUACACAACUUCUCCCUACUUAACAACUCUCCUUCUUCAAAUCAAAUAACAACUCUAGAGAACUAGCAAGAAAAAUAUGACAAUUCAUAUUUCAGUUGGGUUGGCUUUGUAGGUUUAAUGAUUUUAGUUGUUAAUUUCCACAUACUAAGGUCUUGUUAUUCUCUGGCAGAUGUGCCUAUAUAUGUGACCUAAGGCUUUGUAGGUUUAACGUUCACGAGCACAUUCAGCAUAUUUUGAUCGCAGGUGGGAAAUUUUCCAAAUGGUUAAACUGGUAACUAUCCACUUUCAAAAUUUAAUUUAAACCUAACGCUAAUACUAAAUCAUGUGAAGUGUAAAUAGAUAAACAUAGAAGCUGCUAUUUCAAUGGGCCUGCCCUUGCUCAGUAGGAGGUACGACGAUUAAAAAUUGGAUAGUACUUUCCUAGAUUAAUCCUCCCUUCUCUGUGCUCAUAUACCCUUCAGUAGGAGCUGAAAGCAAUAAUUAGGAAGAGAAAGUAACUAGACGCAUAACACGCUAGACCAGUGAUAAUUUUUCUUCCAACUAAAGCCACUACUUAGCAAAACAAACACCAAGAACAGAAAACUUAUACAAAACUAGUUAACAAGCCUAAGAAAAAUGCGUUAGGGAAACUACUAAUUUUUAUAGCUCUAUUUUUGUAUUAACAUCUAUGAGUCAUAAAAACACAUCAAAUACACAUUACUAAGGUCAUGUAUUUUUGUAGUUUCAUAGAGUGUUACGUACCCUGGUUUGAACUUGUUCUUCAUUGCACACAAUUCGUAUAAGUAAUUCUGGAAUAGACUACUUCCUUCUUGUUUGAAUAAUGUGUUUUUGUGACUGCUUGUCCGAAUACCCCUGGUAUAUGUUAAUUAUUAUAUAUAUUUUUUGAUUAUUAUAAUCCUUCCCCUUUUAAUUAGUAAAUUAAUUAAUUUAUUUUUUUAAUAUAGAUAUGAUGGAUAAAAGUUGGUUGAAUAUUAGGAACAGAGUCGACCAAAGAUAUAGAGAUGGAGGAGACAACUUUCUUAAUUGGGCAUUCAGUCAACCAACAGUGAACACUAUGAUUCUGUGUCCUUAUAAAUGGUGUAUGAAUACCGUGUUCAAGCUAAGGGUUGGUGUAAGAGGAGAUUUAUUGAAGAAUGGUUUUUGUGAUUCUUAUAAAGUGUGGGACUUGCAUGGAGAAGUGUUAGUUAGAGUUGAAACUUCUAAUACUGCAGUUAGUGAUGAAGCGGAAGAUGAUAGCAUUGAAGAGGAUAAUAUUACUGAAAUGAUUCACAAUGCUUAUGGAUAUACGAAUGUGGAGGAUAAUAAUAAUAAUUCAGAGGACAAUGAAGAGCCAAAUGUACAUGCAACAAAUUUCUACAAAUUGUUAGAAGAUGCUGAGACAGAACUUUAUCCUGGUUGUAAAAAUGUUUCGAAGUUGUCUUUUAUUGUUAGACUACUUCACUUGAAGUGUCUUAACCAUUGGAGCAACAAAUCGAUGGAUGCAUUAUUGAGCUUCUUCAAAGAAGUUCUUCCCGAGGGGUCAUUUGUACCUAAUUCUUUCUAUGAAGCAAAGAAAGUUCUUUGUGACCUCGGCUUAGGGUACACUAAAAUAGAUGCAUGUCAAAAUGAUUGUACUUUAUAUUGGAGUGAUUAUGCCGAUGUCCAAGCAUGUCCUAAGUGUGGUAAGUCUAGAUGGAAGUUCGAAGAACACGGAGGCAAGAAAGUAGCUCAUAAAAUCUUGCGGCAUUUUCCAAUCAAACCAAAGCUUCAAAGAUUGUACAUGGCAAGAGAAACAUCAACAAAAAUGAGGUGGCACAAGGAGGGAAAUGUUGAUGAUGGUGUCUUGCGACAUCCAUCUGACUCAAUAAUAUGGAAAUCCUUUGAUGCACAACAUCCCACCUUUUCAGCUGAGUUAAGAAAUGUUUGAUUAGGUUUGGCGAGUGACGGGUUCUAACCUUAUGGGAACAUGAGUUCUAAUCAUAGCAUUUGGCCAGUCGUACUAGCUACGUAUAACUUGUCACCAUGGGAUUGCAUGAAAAAUCCAUAUUUCAUGAUGACGCUUCUUAUUCCGGGCCCCAAGUGUCCAGGAAAUAAUAUUGAUGUAUAUUUACAACCAAUGAUUGAAGAGUUGCAAGAAUUAUGGGUCGGGGUGGAGACUUAUGAUGCACACUCAAGAUCUAAUUUUUUGAUGCGUGUGGCUAUCAUGUGGACGAUCAAUGACUUUCCUGCAUAUGGAAAUCUUUCAGGAUGGUCAACUAAAGGCAAGCUUGCAUGCCCUUGUUGCCAUAAAGAUACACAAUCAACUUCCUUGCGUAGUAAGUUGUAUUAUAUGGGUCAUCGUCGCUUCCUUCCCAUGGACCAUCCAUGGAGGAGAAGUAGGACGUUAUUUGAUGGGAAAGUUGAAAUGGGAGUUGCACCUAACCCUUUAACCGGUGAUAAAGCACUUGUGCAAUUACAAGCUUUGGGUAAUGUGAGUUUUGGUAAAGGACAAAAGAGAAAGCGUGAUGUUCAUAGCAAUGCUUACAAUUAGAAGAAGAAAAGUAUCUUUUUCCAAUUGCCUUAUUGGAAGAGUCUUAUGUUACGACAUAACCUUGAUGUGAUGCACAUAGAAAGACAUGUGUCCGAUAAUAUUUUAUCAACUGUCAUGAAUAUGGUUGGUAAGACAAAAGACACAUUGAAAAGUAGAUAUGACUUGAUGGAUCUUGGAAUCAGACAAAGGUUGCAUCCUAUUAAGGAUAGGAAUAAUAUUUUGUUACCUGCAGCAUGUUAUGCAUUAUCCGCGGAAGAGAAGCUGAAGGUGUGCACUUUCUUAGCUAAUCUGAAGGUUUCUGAUGCAUUUUCCUCAAACAUUUCAAGGUGUGUCAACGUACAAGAGAAAAAGAUACAUGGAUUGAAAUGUCACGAUCAUCAUGUAUUGUUGCAAGACAUUUUUCUAGUAGCUAUACGUGGUUUGCUACCUAAGGAAGUGUGUGAUCCAAUUAUAGCCUUAGGAAUGUUUUUCAAGAAUAUAUACUCUAAGUGCUUGACGAUUGAAGAUCUUGAUAUCCUAGAGGCAGAAAUUCCUGUUAUUUUGACCAAACUUCAACUUGUUUUCCCUCCGGCUUUCUUUGAUGUCAUGGUUCAUUUGCCAAUUCACUUUCCAAGUGAGGCAAAGCUUGGUGGACCAGCUCAAUAUCGGAAUAUGUAUCCUAUUGAGAGGUAUCUACGAACACUUAAGUCAUAUGUUCGCAACAAAAAUCGUCCAGAAGGUUCAAUUGCAGAAGGUUAUUUGGCAGAGGAAAGCCUCACAUUUUGCUCACGAUACUUGAAGAAUAUCUCAACAAAGUUCAAUAAACCAACUAGGAAUGACGAUGGAUCUGUGUCAAAUGAUGAGAUGUAUAUCUUUAAAAAAAGUGGGCAAACAAAGGGUGCCUCAGACGGCAUCUGGCUAUCUCAUGAUGAGUUUAAACAAGCAUGUAUGUAUGUGCUUCAAAAUUCUGAAGAGGUUUCGCAUUUCAUGGAGGAAUAUACAAGCGAGAUUGAAAGCCAAAGUUCAAUGAGAGCUCAUAAAAAUGGGUUUCUUGAUUGGUUUCGUGCACGUAUAUUUGUACUAUCUGCACAAGGACGCGCAAAUGAUGAGCUCAUAAGCUUAGUCGUCGGUCCUGCACCAUUAGUACAUCGAUAUUCAACAUUUGUGGUGAAUGGAUUUAGAUUCCAUACAAAAGAGCUUGCAUUGAGAAGAAAAAUGCAGAAUAGUGGUGUGCUUGUGAGAGGAGAUGAUUCAGACUCUAAUAAAGAGUAUUAUGGUGUAUUAGAGGAUAUUUAUGAGUUAUCUUAUGUGGGAAACAGAAAAGUUUACUUAUUCAAGUGUCAUUGGUGGGAUGUGGCUCGCUUGGGAAGAGGAUAUAAGAUUGACAAAUAUGGCUUCACAAGUGUGAAUAUUCGGUGUGCCUUGAAUACAAAUGAGCCAUUUGUGUUGGCAUCUCAGUCAGAACAAGUCUUUUACUUGCACGACAUGGUCGAUAAUGAUUGGUGUGUUGUUGUGAAGAUAAAUCCUCGUGACCUUUUCAAAAUUCCUGAUAAUGAUGAUAAUUGUGUAGAUAUUGAAGAUGAAGAAUUACUGAAUGAAGACGUUCAUCAACAAGAGGAAGCUGAAUUUAAUACUUUGUGCACCAAUGACCAAGAAAAUAUUGUUGAGGUGUCUCUACAUAGGGAUAAUGUUGAACUACAAAGUAUUAACUACGAUUAUGCAAGUACGCAAGCUGAUAUCGAUGUGCAUAAUGAGGAAGAUGAUUUCAUUAAUGACAAUCAUAUAGAAAUAUCAAACAGCGAAGAUAGUGAAGAAGAGUUAUUUGAUGAUGAUGAUGGGGAGGACACUGAUACAUCCUCUUGAAGACUAAGAAGCAAAAGACGAAUGAUAUAAAUGUUACAUCCUAUUUUGAAAAUUCUCUAUAUUUUUGUCCAUGACUUUAUAUUACCCCAUGUAUUUGUUUGGAACUGUCAAUGAACCAAAAGUUAUUGAUGCUUGAAUCUUUAUAUUUCUUUUUUGAUUCUAUUCGUGAUGCUUGUAGCUUUAUGUUGUAUUGGUCUUCCGUUGUAUUGGUAUAAUGUACAGGUGGAGUAAUGAAUUGUGUUAAAAGAAGGGAUCUGUUGUUCUAUGUAGCUGCUAAUUUGGGUGAAAAGGGUUGACCAUCAACUAACAAACAGUAGAGCUUUCUUUACUUUAAUAUCUAUUGAGGCAUGGACAUAUGUCCCCUUUCUAUAGACAUCUGAAGUUAGAAAAUAAUUGAAUUAAUAUUUUCUCUAUUCUGAUCAAUCAUUUUCUUUUUAUGUUUUAUUGCAAGAAAUGAGAGGAAUUGGACGAGGAAAACGUGGGAGAGGCAGGACGAGCUGUGGUCGUGAAAAUUUUCAAGGACGUGGCAAUUUUGGAGCGACGUCUCAGCCACACAUACAAACCGGACGUGUAUCUGAUGCAUUUGUAGAGAUGGGACAACCAAGUAACCCGAGUCAAAGACCUUUACAGACCGGACGAGUAUCUACUAACUCUCUCCAAAUACCUUCUUUAGAAACACAAUCAUCACGAAAUGUAGCAGAACUUGUGCAUUGCUCUCCAGAGGCUGAAAAUUGUGCAAUUUCUUCCAGUAAUAAAAAAAGAGGAAGAGGAAAAUACAAAUCUAAAAGUUUAGAGGUAAAAACUAAGUGUGGUGGCAAAAUCAAAAUUACUAUUCCAGAUGACAUUGAUAGAGUAGUAGGUUCUGGGGCUAGAGAUAUUGUUAAUUACUAUGGUUUGAUCAUGAGGAGCACUAUCUCAUUCCAAGAUGGAAAUUGGCAGAAAAUAGUUUUGAAACACGGAGAAGUAAUGUGAUUAAAGGUCAAGGAUAAAUUUGAAGUUUGCAGCGGGUUGCGAGAGCAUAGGUUUCACGCCUUUGUAAUUAGCACUAUGCAAAGGCUUUUUAGAGCAUGGAAAGCUCGACUCAGCAUUAUGUACUCUAAGUACAAUACUAAUGAAGAAAGAUUAUCUCAUCGAUCUGAAGAUGUUGAGCUUGAGGACUGAAAAUACCUAAUACAAUAUUUUGGGAAGUCCGGAAUUUAAGGUUGUAAGUGAGAGGAACAAAAGAAAUAGAGAUCAUCAAAUAAUUAAGCAUACUUGUGGUACAAAAUCUUUUGCAGAAGUAGAGAAAUCUACGAGAAAUCCUAUUACUGGAGAAUUGGACACACCAGAUAAAGUUUGGGAGAUCCAACAUACACGCAAGGAUGAUGGAGGCGAACUGGUGUGGUUGGAUUCACAAUCCCAACUAAUUCAUGGUCAACUCCAAGAAGUUGUCGCUCAACAACAAUCUGAGGAUAUCGAGCAUCCCAUGACUAAAGAUGAGAUUUUAUCCUCCGUUGUUGGUGAGAGAACAGGCUAUGUUCGUGGAAAAGGAUACGGAAAGAAGCCUCCUAAAAAGAGUAACAUUCAGCAGGCAAACAUACAGGCCAGCGUGCCUUCUGCUAUUGAUAUUGUGCGUCAAGAGAUGCAAGCCUAGAUGGAUAGGGAGUUGCAAAAAGAACGUGAACAAAUGGCUGCUGAGUUGCGAAGAAAUAUGGAAAUUGAGUUGGAAAGGAAGUUGGCAGAGGAGCGUCAACAUGCAAAUGAGGAGCGUCAACACGCAAAUGCAGAAACAGACAAGAGGAUCUCUCUAGAAGUGGAGAAGAAGAUGCAUGAACAAUUUGCUAGUUUCUUGACCAGAAUGCAACAACAACAGCGGGGACAGGGCACUUAGACAAUGUUAUCGUUCACGGAUGGUGUGGAGCAAGGAGUAGUUACAAGGCACUUAAUAUUUUAUCUUUUUUGGGAUAUGUAUAUGCGCACAAUUACAAUGCACAAUGAAGUGUCGGGUAGUAUAUAUAUGUAAUUGACUUUUUAGUAAUGAUAAUAUUUAUAAUAUUCGGCUUGAGAAAUUCUUUUGGUGUUUGUCAAGCAUUAUUGGUUGCUUUAA